AUGACUCAAAUGGAUUCAUCCGUUGGUAUUGAGUGUCUUAUUAAGCCUACAUCUAAUAUGGCAGAAAUGACUUUGAUAUCAGGCAAUACUCGUCGACAACGUAUUGAAUAUUUACCUUACCCAAAUUGGAAUUUUAUUGAAGAACCUCUACAACUCUGCCCAGAUGGAAAACGUCCACUGGAAGAAGUCUAUUUGAGACGUAAUAAAACAUUUGUCGAUGGUUUACCAGUUGAAGUUGUUAGCAUAAGUGGAGAAAGAGAGUAUAAUCCUGUUACAGAAUUUCUUUAUCCUUAUCUAUAUACAAUAACAGUUCGUCAUGGUUCUGCAUUUGAAUGGACUAUUAAAAAACGUUAUAAACACUUUCAUGAUCUUCACAAAGCUCUGACUCAUUAUGUUGAACGUGCAACUGGACGAUCUUUAAGUAGUUUAAACAAAAGUGGUUUAUCAGAAAAAAAAUCGAAUAAUGACGAAAAUCCUUCAGUAAUUAAAAACCAAGAAGAACAACCAUGUUUUCCAACUCAUAAUGAUCGAAUUGAUUUUAUAAAUCAAUUUACAAUUGAAGAUCGAUGUAAAACAUUACAAAAUUAUUUAAAUAAAGUAUUAAAACAUCCAAAAUUUCGUGAACAUAUCGCUGUAAGAGAAUUUCUUGAAGUAAGUUCAUUAUCAUUUGUACAUGGUUUGGGUAUUAGUUUAAAAGAAGGUGCUAUUGCAAAACGUUCAAUUGAUGAUUUUCGUGGUCGUUCAAUAUUUCUUCGAGUUCCAUUUGUAUGUGAUAAGCUAAGAUGUCAUCAUGCACAACAAUGGUUUGUUCUUAAAGAUUCAUAUCUUGUUUAUAUGGAUUCUGAUUCAGCUUUAAUUGGAUUUCCAAUGCUUAUUGAUAGAGCUAUUUCUCUAAAACAAGGUUAUAGAAAAACUUCAACUAAUAAUGGUAUUAAAAUUAAAAAUUCACAACGUUCAAUACUUAUUAAAUUUGAAAAAGAAGAUGAAAGAGAUAUUUGGUUUGAAUGUUUUAUGAAUGUUAAAAAUAAAUCUCUUUUUACUGAACAAAAUAUUUUUAAUUCAUAUGCACCAAGAAGACAACAACAAUAUGCUCACUGGUUUAUUAAUGGUCAAUCAUAUAUGGAAGCAGUAGCUAAAGCUAUACUAGCAGCACGAGAAGAGAUAUUUAUUGCUGCUUGGUGGCUUUCACCUGAAGUAACGCUUAUUCGUCCUUGGAAUGAUGAUUCAAUGCGACUUGAUAAUCUACUUGAUAGACGAGCUGAAGAAGGAAUUCGUGUUUAUGUAUUACUAUUUAAAGAUGUUACAUCAAUUGUUGGUUUAAAUAGUUCGCAUACAAAAUUAAAAUUAAUGGCUAAAAGUCCAACGAAAAAAAAUAUAAAAAUUAUUCGACAUCCUAAUCACAGCGUCAUACCGGGAACUGAAUCAUCAUAUUUUUAUUCUCAUCAUGAAAAAACUGUUAUUAUUGACCAACGAAUUGCCUUUAUUGGAGGAAUUGAUCUUAGUUGGGGACGAUGGGAGACAGAUGAACAUAGAUUAAUCGAUUUGGGUGAUGAAAAUAUAACGGAAUUGACGCGUCCAAAAGAAAAAGAUGAUCAAUCCAAAGAAGAAGUACCAAAAGAAGAAGCUGCAGUUGCUACUACAGAAAAAAUGGCAGAAAAAUCAAUUGUAGGAAAUAUUGUAAGACGAAUUUUCUCUUUUUUCGAGUUUUCAUCAUUUAUUAUUUAUUAA